GAGAACGCCACGUAAUUGCUGCCAUUCACGUAAACAUUGGACACGCAUAAAAGUAGUGUUAAGAAGAAAUAGAAGUGGCAGCCUCCCGCUUUCUCCUCGAGAGCUCUCUCUCUUUCCUUUUAAAUUCUCCCAUUAUUUCUCUCUCCCUCGGCAUCCUCCCCAGAUUUGACGGACUGAUCUUCAUGAAUUCAAGUACCACUGGAGCAUCAACCGUUUCCUGCAAAUCAGGAAACAAGAACAACUUUUUCUUCUGGAUCCUAUUUUGCCUAUUGCCAAAGUUUCUUGGGACUCCUAUUGCGUACGUCAACUUCCUUUUGAUUAAGGCCAUUGACAGGCGUCCCUCAGUAGUUCGUGUUUUGGAUACUUGUGGAGAAAUCACACUUUAGCUGUUAUAGAUUUGGCCUUCUGCAGUUAACAUCUGUAGUAGUGAUAGAUUUGAGUCAGCUGCAGUUGGUGUCAUAGUGAUAUUUGGCUUUUUUGCGAAAUGGUUUCCUCUCAAUUACCUGGUUCGACCAAGAACCGGUUGUUGUUUCCUGUGAAUUCCUUAGAUACUGAAGUAUCAGAUCACGUUGAACUUGAUUUCACUGAUGUGUUUGGUCCUUUGCCAUCCAUAGAUGUGAAUUGUGGUGAUCCUCUGUCUGUGGGAGAUGGCAGUGAGCUUAUUUAUGACAACCCUGUUGUCAUUCACAACCGGUCACAUUCAUUGGUUGGCCCCUCUUCUUAUGUUAGCCAAUCAUUGAAGCUCAGCAAGCUUAAUUUAAAUGAGACGGAAGAUUCAAUGGAACUAGUGAAGUGUGUCCUGGAUGAGACUAUUAAAGAACUAGAGGAAUGUUCCAUAGAUGAUGAUGCCAUUGAGAAAGAUGUGGAGGGUGUCAGUGGAGAUACUUUGGAGGUCCAAACUGUGGGCAUUGAAGAUUUUGAGGUUUUAAAGGUUGUCGGGCAGGGUGCAUUUGGGAAAGUUUAUCAGGUGAGGAAAAAGGGUACACCAGAAAUAUAUGCAAUGAAGGUCAUGCGGAAGGACAGAAUAGUGGAGAAAAAUCAUGUUGAUUACAUGAGAGGUGAAAGGGAUAUUCUAACAAAAAUAGCCCAUCCCUUCAUUGUCCAGCUCAAAUACUCCUUCCAAACCAAAUAUAGACUGUACCUGGUGUUGGAUUUCAUAAAUGGGGGCCACCUUUUCUUCCAGCUCUAUAACCAUGGCCUUUUCAGGGAGGAUCUGGCACGUAUAUAUGCUGCUGAGAUUGUUUCUGCAGUUUGUCACCUUCAUGCAAAUGGCAUAAUGCAUAGAGAUCUUAAACCGGAAAAUAUCCUGCUGGAUUCAGAUGGCCAUGUGAUGUUGACUGAUUUUGGCCUGGCAAAGCAAUUCGACGAAAAUACAAGAUCAAACUCAAUGUGUGGAACAGUUGAAUAUAUGGCACCUGAAAUUGUUCAGGGAAGAGGCCAUGAUAAGGCGGCUGAUUGGUGGAGUGUAGGAAUUCUAUUGUAUGAGAUGCUCACUGGCAAGCCUCCUUUUGUUGGUGGGAACAGAGACAAAAUUCAACAGAAGAUAGUCAAGGAUAAGAUCAAGCUGCCAUCGUUUUUGACAAGUGAAGCGCACACUCUGUUGAAAGGGCUCCUCAACAAGGAUGCCAGCAAACGCCUAGGAAGUGGACCUUUGGGAAGUGAAGAGAUUAAGCGACACAAGUGGUUCAAGGCAAUCAACUGGAAGAAAUUGGAUGCAAGGGAGAUCCAACCCAGUUUCCGUCCAGAUGUAGCUGGGAAGCACUGCAUUGCUAACUUUGACAAGUGUUGGACUGACAUGACAUUGUCAGAUUCCCCAGCUGCUAGCCCUAAGAUGAAUACGAAUCCCUUUGUGAACUUCACUUAUGUAAGGCCUGCGGCCUCUUUCCUUCAACAAAGCAGCCCCUUGUACUAGCAUAGCAUACAUCGGAUCACUCUUUAUCUCCCACGAUUUGUGGUCUUGAGUUUGAAGUGGUUUAUUUAGGAAGCCUCUAGGUAUCAUUUUGUAGCUGCAAAGAAAGCUCUGCCUAUGGACAGAAGCCAUUUCUUCUGCAGAAGCCAAAAGGCAUCUCCGUGGAUAAUAUUCUCUGGUAUCUUUAGUCUUUUUUGAAAUUUUAACUCAAACUACGUUGAAUGAGAAACUGGAAGAGCUACUGCCAGAGUUCCUUGAA